AUGUUUGUUAAAACAGGAAAAUAUCCAACUGGACCUUACAACAGCCCGAAGCCACAUGACUUUAGACCGCUUGAUGAAGACCUGCCACACAUAGUGACUACAUCUAAAAGGGAUCCCAUUGGCUUAAACUUCAAAUCUCAGCACCUGGACAUGAACUAUAGCUUGGUCUACUCUACAGUAUAUCAGAGACAGUGCUGGAUGAAAUGUUUGCACAUUCUAACAACUGGUUACCUUUCUGUUACAGUUUUUUGUUCCAGACAUGAGCCAGAAUUACAUACGAGGAGCACAUUUAGUCAGAUAAACACCUACAAGCAAGCAGAACCAAGAUGGGAGGCCAACCUUAUUCUACCUAAGCUUUCGUGGCCUCCAAAAUCAGCCUCUUAUACAAGACACAGGCGUAGAAGAGGAAUCUAUAGUGCAUUCAUGGACAGAGUGGAAGAAAAGAUAUCCAGUUCCUGGAAGAAUGGAUGACACUUUCAGAUUCUAAACAUUGUUAUUGCCCAUGCGGCACAAUGUGCAAACUAUUCUAUUCUGGGUCUGAAAUA